AUGAAGUAUCUAAACUUGGUCUACGUGCUUCAACUUCUUAUAGGCAUCAAGUCUGCCUCACUCUGCGAGGCAUUUUCUCUUUUUGAGGAUGGUAUCACAUUUGCCAAUUUUGGUAAGCAGUUAAAGCUCCCACAGAAUACACAACAAACACUCAAAGUGAACCGCUUCGAUUCUGAUGAUCCACUGAUUACAACCUUUAUUUCGCCUAUGGAUGCUGAUUACAGUCUGAGACUUAGAACUGUAGACCCAUCUAAACUAGGAAUUGACACUGUCAAACAAUGGUCGGGAUACAUGGACUACAAAGAUUCCAAGCAUUUUUUUUACUGGUUUUUCGAAAGUAGGAAUGAUCCUGCCAAUGAUCCAAUUAUUCUUUGGUUGAAUGGUGGACCGGGUUGCUCCUCGUUUACUGGGCUGCUAUUUGAACUAGGACCCUCAUCAAUUGGCUCUGACAUGAAACCAAUCCACAAUCCUUAUUCUUGGAAUAAUAAUGCUUCGAUGAUCUUCCUAGAACAGCCACUGGGAGUCGGGUUUUCCUAUGGUGACGAAAAAGUCUCCUCUACAAAGUUAGCAGGCAAAGAUGCGUACAUUUUCUUGGAACUUUUUUUUGAAGCGUUUCCUCAUUUGCGUUCCAACGAUUUCCACAUCGCAGGCGAAUCUUAUGCAGGUCAUUAUAUUCCACAGAUCGCACAUGAGAUUGUUGUCAAGAACCCUGAAAGAACGUUUAAUUUAACUUCUAUUAUGAUUGGUAAUGGCAUCACGGAUCCUUUAGUUCAAGCAGACUAUUAUGAACCAAUGGCAUGCGGAAAAGGUGGUUAUCGCCCUGUUCUUUCAUCAGAAGAAUGUGAGAAGAUGAAUAAUGCUGCAGGCCGUUGUCGUAGAUUGAACAAGCUAUGCUAUGCUUCUAAAUCAAGUUUACCAUGCAUACUUGCCACUACUUACUGUGACUCUGCACUUUUGGAACCAUACGCUAAGACAGGACUCAAUGUCUAUGAUAUUAGAGGGCCUUGUGAAGAUGAUAGUACUGAUGGUAUGUGUUAUACCGGCCUUCGUUAUGUUGAUCAGUAUAUGAAUUUCCCUGAAGUUCAAGAAACACUAGGGUCCGACGUGCAUAAUUAUUCUGGUUGUGACAAUGAUGUUUUCACUGGAUUUUUGUUUACUGGUGAUGGAAGCAAACCAUUUCAACAAUACGUUGCUGAAUUAUUAAAUCACAACAUUCCAGUACUAAUUUAUGCGGGUGAUAAGGACUAUAUUUGCAAUUGGUUGGGAAACCAUGCUUGGACCAACGAGUUAGAGUGGAUUAAUAAACCUAGGUACCAGAGAAGAAUGUUAAGGCCAUGGGUCAGUAAAGAAACAGGCGAAGAGUUAGGGCAAGUCAAGAACUAUGGCCCUUUCACCUUUCUAAGAAUAUAUGAUGCAGGUCAUAUGGUGCCCUAUGACCAACCGGAGGCAAGUUUGCAAAUGGUAAACAGCUGGAUUUCUGGUAACCGUGGAUUUUCGAGUCUUUUUCGCCUUGAGAAUUGA